CGUGUGUAUUGCUAUUUUUUAAUUAUAAAUGUGAUCGAUGAGUUGGAAAACGAAGAUAAAACGAUAGGAUAUGCAUACAAAACCUAUCGAAAAUUGCGGAUGUGUCGAUUUUGAAACUUGUGAAAUUACACACACAAACAUUUGACACUUGCACUUUUCAUAUAAAAAACACGCGAGUCGCGAUAAAAUUUCGAUGCGCGCUUUUAAACGGUAAAUACUUGCUAAUAAAUACUAAGAAAUACUCGAGAUAUCACCACGAUCGUACAACUCGGAAUAAUCUAAACCGGAAAUAUGGUUCCCCUCGAGAAAAAAACGGGUCAAUUUUGAAUUUUAGACGACCUCAUACGGCGAAAACGCGAAAUUCCACAAACGAAUAAAGAUAACCAACCGAAAAAAUGAAAAAUGAAAACAUUGACAUAGGGAUUAAUUGAGUUCGAGAAUAUCGAUCUCUUAACAAACAUCGAUUAUUUCGAUCGAUCGACCUAAAUUUAAAAGUGUUGUCUAGGCAACGUCACGCUAUAAACAUGAAACUUUUUGUGCGUUUGUUGUGUAUAAAAUCAAUGUAGAUUAAAAUAUAGUGAUGUAUCAAUAUUUUAUAAAAUGUAAACUAUUUUUAACAUAGAAAAUACAAGCGAUUCGUGUUUGCGAAGUUAAACUUCUGUAAAUCUAUACUUUUGUUAACAGUUAGGUAUAACCUUUCUGCUUCUUAAUGCUAGUCUUACAAAUAGUCUCUAUUCACGUUAUUUAACUUAUAAAAGUGUGCGAUACACCAUGCCAUUAUUCUCCAAUAAAUUUUCUCCGAAAAAAACACCGACUAGGAAAGCAUCGGUUUUCUUAGCAAACAAAAACUUAAGCCCUAAAAGAAUAGAGAAAGAACUCGGUCCUGAAGUAGGUCCUAUACGCCUUCGUCUUGGAGAUCAGGAAGCUGUUUUCGAGGCUGGUUUAUGGAUUCCAGAAUCUGGCAGAGUGGGAGGUACUUUUAAAGAGAACGAAAAAUUAAAAAAAGAAGUGAGACGAUUGGAGGAAGAGAAUAACUUAUUAAAACUAAAGUUUGAUGUACUAUUAGAUAUGCUAACACAAACAACCGCUGAGGCUCACUCGCAAAGAGAAGAAUUGGAGAGAUUAAAAAAUAAUUUUUCUCAUAAUAAGAGGGUUGUCGCUUAGUCUUAAGUAUUGUUACUCUAACACUGAAGGAAUAAACAACGACUACAAAUAUA